AUGGCUUCUUUCAGAGUGGAUCAUAUUCUCAAUAACCAAGAGGAGGACAGUAACCCCGACGACGACGAACCAGGUAUAAAAGAUCUUACGGCCGCCUCUCAAGUUCAGACCACCCAAGUAGUUGAUGAUCGGAAAUCCGAGUCAUCUGUUCCAUCCGGAAAUACUAGUGUAAGCAGUAACGGUUUUGGACGAGUUGACUUCAGUGCCCUGUUACAGCAGCAUCAGUCACACCCCUCAUGCCUCAAUUUAUCCUCAUUAUUAGCUCUCCAAGAGAGUGAAUACUUCCAACUACCUAGAACAGAUCCUAGCUUCUUCACCAAUGCUACUUUACAGAAUCAUCAAAAGCAACAACAACAUUAUCAGACCCAAAAGCAGCAGAUAAUGCGAGCAGCGGAAAAUGGGGAGCAACUUCAAGGCAUGCCGAGUGGGGUCGGUGCUAGCAAACAUCGAAGAGCUCGAACGGCUUUCACGUAUGGUCAGUUAGUUGCCCUAGAGAGUAAAUUCAAGACAACUCGAUAUCUAUCAGUUUGUGAGCGAAUGAACAUGGCAUUGUCUCUCAACCUAACGGAAACCCAGGUGAAAAUAUGGUUCCAAAAUCGACGAACUAAGUGGAAGAAGGAGAAUCCCACUGAACAGCACCACCAAUCAUCCACCUCCUCCUUGAACUCCCGUAAACAAAUCAACAGUCCCGACCAACCACUCUAUUACGGUGGUCUUGGGAGCAACCAGUCAGAUGUGAGUGAAAUGAGUCCUCCCUCCUCGAGUAUCCCAGAGUCUCCACCUACAAGAGACCACCAAAGGGAAGAUGGAACAAAUGCCGUAUUGCUAGCUUAUGUUUUCAACCAGUUGAGAAAUUCGCUUCACAAAGAAGAAAAAAGCACUAAUGAGGAUGAAAUUUUGCAGUCAUUUUCAAACAACAGCAAUAACAACAACAGUAGUACUUCGGCUACAAUCGACCACAUAAGCACAAACGGACGAUCCAGCAAAGGAGAAGCUGAACAACUAGAACUGCGUACAGGAAGCUGA